UACAGAGGACGAGGAUGAGGCGCAGCGCAACGCUCGGACAGCACUAGCCUGAAAAGGCGAAUGGUACAGCGAAUUUGAUCAAAUUCUCUCCAGGACUCUUCUUCAUGUAGUCUGCCAUAAAUUACCUUCGAGAAAGUGGCGAGUUUAAUUCCAGAGACGAAGACUAUGGACGAACAGCAAGCAGCGACUUUGGAUCAGGGAAAGUAAAACAGACCAGGAAAAGGUGCCCUCUCUUUGCUUUGAGUCUGAUUAUCGGUCUGUCUGGUCUCCUGCUCUUCUGUGUCUGGUUGUCUGGUUCAGGCAAGCAGUGAUCUUCCACAGCAGACAUCUCCAGGGAUUGCAGGCCUUGGUCUGAGGAGGAGCCAUGGGGCCGGUACGGGCCUACCCAUUAGCCCUGCCUGUGCUGGCUGUUCUGGGCCUCAUUAUCAGCGCAUGGAGCCUCAACCCAGAUGACCCCAAUGUCUGCAGUCACUGGGAGAGCUACGCAGUGACUGUUCAGGAGUCCUACGCUCAUCCUUUUGACCAGAUCUACUACACCAGGUGCACCGACAUCCUCAAUUGGUUUAAAUGCACCAGACACAGGACCAGCUACAAGACAGCUUAUCGACGCGGGGUGAGAACCAUGUACCGUCGACGUUCUCAAUGCUGCCCUGGCUACUUCGAGAGCGGAGACUUGUGUCACAAUGUACCGAGGAGUGUGCCCAUGGUCGGUGUGUGUCUCCUGAUACAUGUCAGUGUGAGCCAGGCUGGGGAGGACUGGACUGCUCUAGUGUUAAUGGCUGCACCAGUCCCCAGACGCCACUACAAAGCUACCAUGUUUCUCAAUUACUCGCUGCCCUCUCUUCUUUUGCCAGCUGUAUUAAAAACACAAUGUACCGAGGAGUGUGCCCAUGGUCGGUGUGUGUCUCCUGAUACAUGUCAGUGUGAGCCAGGCUGGGGAGGACUGGACUGCUCUAGUGGUUGUGAAAGUGGCCACUGGGGGCCCCACUGCAGCAACCGCUGUCAGUGCAAGAAUGGGGCCCUGUGUAACCCUAUCACAGGAGCCUGUGUCUGCACAGACGGCUACCAAGGUUGGCGCUGUGAGGAUCAAUGUGAGCCUGGCUACUAUGGCAAGGGCUGCCAGCUACAAUGUCAAUGCCUCAACGGUGCCACCUGCCACCACGAGACGGGGGAAUGCAUAUGUGCACCAGGCUACAUGGGUCCCAUCUGUGGGGAGCGAUGUCCCUCUGGAAGUCAUGGGCCACAGUGCGAGCAGCGCUGCCCCUGUCAGAACGGAGGAACCUGCCAUCACAUCACUGGAGAAUGCUCCUGCCCUGCUGGAUGGACGGGGUCUGUGUGUGCCCAGCCAUGCCCAUUCGGCAAAUAUGGGAUCAAUUGCAGCAAGGAAUGCUCGUGCCGCAAUGGAGGACUGUGUGACCACAUUACAGGACAGUGCCAGUGUAUGGCAGGAUACAGUGGCCACAGGUGCCAAGAAGAGUGUCCGGUCGGCACAUACGGACCCCAGUGUGCCCUUCACUGUGACUGUCAGAAUGGGGCCAAGUGUUACCACAUCAAUGGAGCAUGUUUGUGUGAUACAGGAUUCAAAGGGCCUCACUGCCAGGACAGGUUCUGUCCACCAGGCCUCUAUGGCCUCAUCUGUGACAAAUACUGCCCAUGUAACGCCACCAACACACUCAGCUGCCAUCCCCUGACAGGUGAAUGCUUGUGUACAGCAGGAUGGACGGGUCUAUACUGCAAUGAGACCUGUCCCCCGGGUUACUAUGGAGAAGGAUGUAGUGUGCAGUGCCAGUGUAAUAAUGGAGCAGACUGCCACAGUCUCACUGGGGCCUGUAUCUGUGCCCCAGGCUACACAAAUGACGACUGUUCCCAAACCUGCCCACCUCGACUAUAUGGUACUAACUGCACUUCCACCUGCCACUGCCACAACCAGGCAUCCUGCUCACCAAUCGAUGGCUCCUGCAUCUGUAAAGAAGGUUGGCAGGGUGUAGACUGCUCAAUCCUGUGCUCCAGUGGGACUUGGGGAUUGAGCUGUAACCAGACUUGUUUGUGUGCCAAUGGUGCAGCUUGUGACCCAAUCGACGGCUCCUGUACUUGUACCUCGGGCUGGAGAGGGGAACGCUGCCAGCAGCCCUGCCUCGAUGGCACAUAUGGGCUGGAGUGUCGCGAGCGUUGUGACUGUAACCAUGCUGAUGGAUGCGACCCUGUGAGUGGAUUCUGUCGCUGUCUGCCAGGAUGGACAGGCAUCCACUGUGACAGCAUCUGCCCUCGAGGCUUCUGGGGGCCUAACUGCUCCAUGACCUGCUCAUGCCAGAAUGGAGGCUCCUGCUCUCCUGAAGACGGGACCUGCGUGUGUGCUCCCGGCUACCGCGGGACUUCCUGCAAGAGAAUUUGCCCUCCUGGUUUCUAUGGGCACCGCUGCAGCCAGUCAUGCCCACAGUGUGUACACAGCACAGGGCCGUGCCACCACGUCACGGGUCACUGUGAGUGCCUGGCCGGCUUCUUCGGCUCGCUUUGCAAUCAAGUGUGUCCCAGUGGCAAAUAUGGGAAAGCCUGUGCUGAGAUCUGCUUGUGCACAAACAAUGGCACCUGCAACCCCAUUGAUGGCUCUUGCCAAUGUUUCCCAGGUUGGACUGGAGACGACUGUUCACAGAUUUGUCCCAUAGGCCAGUGGGGCCCUGACUGCUUGAACUCAUGUAACUGUCACAACGGAGCCCAAUGUAGUGCCUACGACGGAGAGUGCAGGUGCAGCCUGGGCUGGACCGGCCUCUACUGCACACAACGCUGUCCCUCAGGGUUUUAUGGGCGAGACUGUGCAGAGGUGUGCCGCUGUCAAAAUGGAGCUGACUGUGAUCAUAUCACUGGCCAGUGUGCCUGUCGGACUGGCUUUAUUGGGACCAACUGUGAACAGAAGUGUCCUCCCGGGACAUUUGGCUAUGGCUGUCAGCAGCUGUGUGAAUGUAUGAACAACGCCACCUGCGACUACGUGACCGGAACGUGCUACUGCAGCCCGGGAUACAAAGGAAUCCGCUGUGACCAGGCGGCUCUAGUGAUGGAGGAGCUGAACCCCUACACUAAGAUCAGUCCUUCUCUGGGUUCAGAGCGCCAGUCCGCAGGUGCUGUCAUGGGCAUCAUCUUCCUGCUGCUGAUCAUCAUGGCCAUGCUCAGCUUGUUUGUUUGGUUCAGGCAGAGACAGAGAGACAAAGGCCGGGAAAUGCCCAGUGUCUCAUACACCCCAGCCCUCCGUGUCACCAACACUGACUACUCCCUCUCUGAAACAUCUCAGAACAGCAGCAGUGGCCAGUGCUUCUCCAAUCCCAGCUACCACACUGUGGCACAGUGCAACAUCUCGUCCUCCAUCACAAACAACCUGGAUGGUACUCUCACUCUUAAGAAAGGAGACAGGAACAGUUCAGAAUGGAGAGCGUACUGCAAUCUCAAUGACCUGGGUCAGUGUCCUCACUUAAUUUCUUAUCUCACCCCCUAUUUAAACCAUCUUCUAUCUGAUUCCCGUCAGACAAAGCCUAAAAAAGUACUCAUGCAAUUUGAAAUGGAUCAAAUAUAUCAUUCUUUUCUCCGCUCAGCCUAUUCCACAAAACAAAUAAGACAUUUUCAGAAUGUGUGUUCAUGUGCCUCGUUAGGAGUAUCAAGAGGAGAUACACUUACACCGAGGGACAACAAAACCACUCGAAUGGCCAAAGAUUACAUAAAGGCCUCCAUGUGUAGCUCCAGCUCGUGCUCCCUAAAUAGUGAGAACCCGUACGCCACCAUCCGAGAUCCGCCCAGCCUGGCCUGCAAGCACACUGAAAGCAGCUACGUGGAGAUGAAGUCACCUGCUCACAGAGACCUGACCUUCUGCUCCAGCACUAGCACAACCCUGACCACUGCCAGCAGGAACGUCUAUGACGUGGAACCGACAGUGAGUGUGCUUCAGGGACCCAACGGCCUAGCAACCGGAUUCUCCCAGAGUCCUUAUGACCUCCCGCGGAACAGCCACAUUCCCAGCCACUACGACAUCUUGCCAAUGCGCCACAGCCCAACACACACCCCACCCCCUUCCGAAAGCCCCCCGAGCUCCCUGCUGUAGAGGCCAGUCCAAAUACACAGACGCAAGACCGGCAGCUCCGGGAUCUCGUUUUUUAAAAUCUCAGUCUGUCUCACUCCUCAUCUCUCUUUCUCUCCAAAACUCUCUCAAGUACAGAUGCAUGACAUAGGUGGAGACCGCAUUCCUCUUUCCGUCGAGUAAAUGAGGAUUGUGGGAAAUGGACUGUACAUCAAAACAAGAACAGAUUUGGACACCAGCGAUUAUUCAUCAUCCAUCUCAGAGGCGUUUUAUAACAAGCUGUGCUUAUAACACCAUGAAAUACUGGCAUAAAAGAGCAUUCUGGUUAUAGGUCUAUGAAAAGACUUUUAGAGGGAAUAAAGGAGCAUUUGAGACGGUUUCAUGGAAACAUACCCAAUGAUAUGUUGAUUCUUAAAAACUAGAGCUCUAAAUGCGACUCAAUGAUCCAGAACUUUUCAUUUGGAGUUGGCAUCGAUCUUGCAGUCGAGAGCCAAGGGUGAGCAUGAGGGAGCAAUCCUCUUUUUUUCACCCCCCAAAGUGUUUAGUCUGGACUUCAAGGCAAUGGUGACAAAGCAUGGUUUCAAUAAGAAAUAGUAAGACUUAUUAUUGCAUAAAGGUGGUUACCAGAACAGUAUGAGAUGAGCGAGAACUGAUCAGGACUUUAUAAUACUGUACAUUUAUCUACCACUUAUAAACCUACACAGAAAUAUUUAUAAAAGUUUAUGUGGAGAGCCUGGGUCAACAUGAGCUACACUGCUCAUUCGUGCAACAACCUGGUGCUUUCUACUGUACAUAGGAGUUUAUGACUGUUGCUAUCAUUUUAUUUGGGUGUGUAUGUUUUAUGAACGUGGGAUUAAGUUUUCAAAGCUAUCAUGUUUAGUUUUUCUUCUUUGUAUGUUUACAUUUUUUAAAACAUCUGUUAGCAGGCCUUGAAGGGUUUUUAAUUUGUGGUUAUGUAUUUAUGAUGUUUAUUUAUACCUCGUUUGUGCAAGUGAUGUUUUUCUUUAUAGUGUAACAGGUAAACAUAUUUAAAAAGGAAAAAAGCAUGUACAAAUGAUGACACCCAUAGUGACCAAUUAUUUUUAUGUGCUUGUGCUAUUUGUGCACAGUAUUAAUAUAUAAAAUCGACAUUAUAUGUUAGCUCUUAUGUCAUUAUAGAAUCCAUGACAGGACGAGACCUCAUUCAUGUCCUAAAAAGUACAGUAUAAAUAGAUUUGGAGACUUGUGUUUCGGUUUGUUUGAUGACUACAGCUUUGCAGCUUUUGAUUUGAGUUUGUUCUGUGGCUGCAUUCCCAUAACAGUGACAAUCAUUCAUAAAUAAAAGGGGGAAAAAUGCAUUUCAUCAAUCCUA